UUAGUCGAAGUCACCUACGCGGACGCCCAUAAACAGCACCGUAACGAUGGCGUCGUCGAGUUCGCCUCGUACUCUGACCUCAAAAACGCCAUUGAAAAGCUCGACGAUACCGAGCUGAACGGUAGGCGCAUCCGCUUGAUCGAGGACAAAAAGCGCAGUAGACGCUCAGGCUCGUACAGCAGCCGUAGUCGCUCCCGCAGUAGAUCCCAGAGACGGUCCAGGUCCCGAAGCCGCUCGAGACGAAGUUCCAGAUCCAAGAGCAAGUCGAGGUCUGCCAGCCCCAAACAAAACAGUAAAUCCCGAUCCAGAUCCAACUCGCGGAAGAAGUCGGUCGACCGCUCGAGGAGCAACUCGAGGAAGAAGUCGGUCGAUAGAUCUAGAUCGAGAUCUAGGUCGCAGAAGAGAUCCAAGUCGAGGGAGGCUUCGAAGGAGCGCUCCCGGUCGAGAUCGCGUUCGCCGAGCAAAGAACGCAGCAAGUCGAGGAGUCGGUCCGGAUCGCCCAACUAACCAGAUAGCCCCACCUUCAUUAAGUAAACAUUCAAGUUGUAGUAAAAGUUUGUAGUUUUAGCCUUAUAUUUUAGCAUUUAUAACCAGACAUAUUUUAUAUUUUUUUGUUUAAUAUGUAAUAAAUUAGCUUGGUUCGUACGCGUUAGUGCACUGAGGACUUUUGUAUAUAAUGUCAUUAACAUUGUCUAAGAAGCAACGUCCCCGUUUACAUUAUUUAUGUAUGGUUAUCUUUACAUAACUCGCUAAUCUUGAUUUUAUUUCGCGCGAUUUCUGGACGCUUCCUAGACAAUGCACUGCUGAGGUUAACUCCACUCACAUGAUGUAAAUUUUAAUAAUGAGUUUCUUGAACGAAUUACGCACCAAACGGCACUGUUUGAAACCAACCACCACCACGUUAACCUACUUGGACGGCAGAAAGUUCGAAGAAUCAGGGCCGGACGCUCUUGUGGAAAUCCCCAGAACGCAAUUCGGUUUCAUCGUCGACGCAAAACCCGACAACGUCCCCGCUAAAAUCGUCGAUUACGUGUACUUGGGUUCGCAGGAUUGUUGCGACCCGCAAGUACUCGGUCGUUUCGACAUCAACAACGUGCUGAGUGUCGGUGUGGACGCCCCAUCUAAAUGUGAAAAAAUCGCUUACAGAUUCGUUCAGUGCUUGGAUUUACCCCAGACCAACUUACUCGACGUUUUGAAGGAGAGUGUUUGUUUUAUUCAAGACGCCGUAUAGCGGCAGAGUAACGUUUUGGUGCAUUGUAAUGCGGGAGUCAGUAGGUCAGCCUCGGUUAUGAUAGGUUACUUAAUUUUAGUUUGUGGUUAUAACUACUGUAAUGCGUAUCAAAUUGUAAAGAAGUCCAGGAGUUGUAUUAGGCCAAAUGAUGGGUUUGUUGAACAACUGAAAAAAUUGAGUAGUAAAUAAUUUAUAUUUUCGAUGUUCACUACUUUAUGGUUUUUUUGUUCGUAGUUUGUAGAAAUUUUUUUCUUUAAAAUAAUUUUUUUAGUAUAUUGCUAACAAGAUUCUUUUUUUAUUGAUAAAAGAUAGCAGACAUUUUUAAGAAAUACAUGUAAUUUACUUCCAAUAAAAUUUUAUAUUUGUGA